AUGCACGGGCUCGACUGGGGCCACUACCAAAGACUGCCGGUGACUACUGUUGAGUGCGGCGGCGGCGGAGAGAGAGUGUCGAAGGCCGAGGCUUAUUUUGCCCACAUUGGAUUUGGGGAGAGGCUGUGGAAGAGGUGCGGUCAGGAGGGACUGAUUGAGUUCAGUGUGGAGAUGGGGAAAAAGUAUGUGAGGAGGGAAGAUAGGCCGCCUCAUUCUACUUUCCUUGAGGACAUUAGCAAAUUUAUCUCAGACUGCGAUUCAUCUUCUUUAGUUUAA